CUUUUAUUUAGUUUAAUUCGCAACGCACUUUAUAUUCCACCUACGUUUUGGCGUUUUUCACAUGGACUUUCUACCAAAAACCCAUGGUUUAUCAUUCGACUAACUAUUCUUUUGCAUAUAUAAAAAUACCUUGGUAUUUUUCCUCUUCAACACCAACCUAAACAUUCUUCACUACGAAUAAUCAUUUUCUCUCUCUCUCUUUUUCUGUGCUCUCCCUGAGAAAAUGGCCAAAGUACAGAGUGGCCAAGCGAGUGAAGGGAUUAAGCUGUUUGGAACAACGAUCACCUUGCAUGGUAGAGAAACAAGAGAAGAUGAUAAAGAGAGUGAAGAAGGGACAGAAGAGAAGAGACCUGAUAGGAUCAUACCAUGUCCAAGAUGCAAGAGCAUGGAAACCAAGUUUUGCUACUUCAACAACUACAACGUUAAUCAGCCAAGGCAUUUCUGCAAGGGCUGCCAGAGGUACUGGACGGCCGGCGGAGCCCUUCGCAACGUACCCAUAGGGGCAGGUCGCCGGAAGGCCAAACCGCCGUGCCAUGACCCUACAGGAUUUCUCGACGAUGGACUCGCAUCCACGGUUCAACAACAUUUUGGUUUGGAAGAUAGGUUGAUCUUGGAUCAAUGGCAUGUUGCCACCAUCACUCACGGCGAUUUCCGGCAGUUUUUUCCUUCUAAAAGGCGGAGGAUAAACUCAGGUGAGCAUGAAAGUCAAAAAGAGUUUGUUAUGAGGCACGAAAUCACAGAACAUAGGAAUGAGAUAGAAAGGAAGGAGGGUUUAAAAGGCAGAGACAGUGUAAAGCUUAUCUGAAUAAGAAGUUUGAAUGCUCGAAAGGCAAAGGAACAAAUGGUGUUCUAAUUAUUGGGGACGUGAACGGUUGAGAUGAUUUCUGAGUUAGCAAGAUGUUCUAGAAUUGGCACAAAAUCUAUAUAUAUAGAAUUAAUUGAAGUAGAUUAAUUGGUUUGGUUUGACGUUGAUUGAUGUAAACGUGAACGCGGAAGAAACGGUCAAUGAGAAAGAAAGAGAGAAGUUAUUAUAAAAGAAAAUACUAAAAUUUUAGGUAAAUUGCACUUUGA